AAGGGGCUCCUUCCUCUACUUGGCUUCUCUAUCCAAAAUGAGGCGUCUACCGGACUGGUGCUUUUUGCACCUGCGGGCAGCUGUCCUGCUAGUGCUGCAAGAGCGGGGCUCCUCUGGUUCCUCUUCACAUUCCCUGCGUGUGCUUUACACACUGGUGUCACUGCCCAUCGAGGACAUGCCGAAGUUCUUUGUGGUGGGGUUUUUGGAUGACCAGUUAAUUGGUCACUAUGAUAGCAACAGGAGGUUGUGUCUGCCUGAAAUGGCCUGGCUGAAGAUAGAAGGGCAUGGCGACUUCUGGGACUGGAUCACAUGGAGAAUCCAGGACUCUGAGAAGAGGUUUUGGAGGGACCUGGCUACCCUACAGGAAUGCUACAACCAGAGCAGAGGGCUUCACACCUGGCAGCGCUUGUUUGGCUGUGAAGUAAGUGAAGAUGGGCGCAAAACAGGAUAUUAUCGGUAUGCCUAUGAUGGGAGGGACUUCAUCAGCUUGGACACGGAGAGUGUCACCUGGACAGAGGCUGAUAUCGGGGCCCAAGUGAUCAAGAGCAAGUGGGAGGCUGAGCCUCUUAUCAACCAGAACAGGAAACACUUCAUGGAGGAGGAAUGCAUUGAAUUGCUGCAAGAAUUCUGGGACUAUGGGAAGGAAGCUUUGUCGAAGAGAGAGUCCCCAAUAGUGAAGGUGACACGCAAGAUGGACAAUGCCAGCCUGGAAAUCCUCACCUGUCGGGUCCAUGGUUUUUAUCCCAGAGAGAUUGAUGCCAUGUGGCUGAAGGACAGAGAAGUCUGGGAGCAUGAAACACUUCAUGGGGGUGUUGUCCCCAACUCAGAUGGGACAUACUACACCUGGCUCAGUACUGAGGUUGACCCCAAGGAGAGGGACUGCUAUCAGUGCCACGUGGAACACGAUGCCCUGCAGGAGCCUCUGACCAUGGCCUGGGAAGGACCUGAAUCUGGGUUCCAGAUGAGGCCUUUGGGAACCAAGUGGGUAGCCAUUGUUGCCGCCAUCCUCCUCGGGGCUGGAAUCUUCUUAAUCUAUAUCAAGAAGCAGAAAAGAAAUCGUUACCCAGAAGCAUCAACAUCAUCUGAGAUGGAAGCCAAGAGAAUCGAUGACUUGCUGUUAACUGUACCUCCUGAGAGCCACUGCCAGCCCUGGACACCCCGCCUAAUCCUGCCUCUGGCCUAGCUCCAGUUUGGGCUUAUCUUUCAAAUGAGAUGCAACAGUAUUGAGACUGAUUAGCAGUGUGCCAUUAUUUUAAAUGGAAUGAUUCUGGAAUGAAUUAUUUUUACCAUUUUUCUUUUUUGUUUCACAUUUUGUUGUAAUAUUUUUUAAAUAAUCACAUUCAACAUCCACUUCAACAAAGAACAGAUCAUCAGGAAUGAUUCAUAGGAGUUCUUGAGAGAACAUCCAUCUAGGGACAAAUGUACAGUAUCCUCAUUGGGGCUUGCCCUUGGGGUUGGGGUGGGACAUGCUGAAUGGGUCAUUCAGAAUUUGAAGUGCCCCCUGCCCUCAUCCCCCCCCAUAUGCAGGCACUUGCAGCUGCUCAGAGGGGCUAGCAGAGGGCUUUGCAGAGUCUCCACACUAUGGCUUGCCCUGGAGCAUGGCUCCCACAGCAGUCGCUGUGCUCUGACCCAGCCAGGCCCCUCUGGCGCACUGUGUUUGGCUGUGCACAAUUGUGUCUCCUUAGGAAGGAGAGCUGGUCUUGUGGUAGCAAACAUGACUUGUCCCCUAAGCUAAGCAGGGUCUGCCCUGGUUGCAUAUGAAUGAGAGACUUGAUGUGUGAGCACUAAGAUAUUCCCCUUACGGGAUGGAGCCACUCUGGGAAGAGCAGAAGGUUCCAAGUUCCCUCCCUGGCUUCUCCAAGAUAGAGCUGAGAGAGAUUCCUGCCUGCAACCUGGGAGAAGCCGCUGCCAGUCUGUGCAGACAAUACUGAGCUAGAUGGACCUAUGGUCUGACUCAGUAUAUGGCAGCUUCCUAUGUCUCUGACUGUGCUGUGCUCUGCGCUGGGUCAGUACAGCUGCUGCAGUGAAAGCCAUGUUUUGGAGCUGGCUGCAGUGGGGAGACUCCAGGCAGCAAUCUCUGCACUGCCCACCGCUGGUCCUUCUGAGCAGCCAGGAGUGCCCUAGGUACGGGAGGGGUGAUGGCUUGAGUGGGUCUUAGGGCGCUGGCCCCAAUUCCCACCCCCACCUCCAAAGGAUGGGCCUGAUCCUUAUCCCUGGAAUGUUUGUAAUAUGUAAGUUUAAUGGAAAUAUGAUGUUCCCAAUAUAGAUGUUUUACCAGUCUAGCCUAGGUGGUGGUGUGGUGUGUGGUGUCUUCCACCUUUCUGCAAUACAAAUUCUUGCUGCUGUAAGGAGAUGUGAUCUACAUCGGCUUUCAAUACAUUGUCUCCUUGAAAUGUAUUUUUGAAAAUGAAUGAAUUUUGGCUCCUUCGUUAA